UGAGCCCUAUGACCUUAUCCCCUUGUCGAAAAAGUUGUCUCUGGGAAUUUUUCGGGUACUGCGGCUUAUAAUGGAAUGGUAUGCAAAAAGUACUUACAGUAUGAUGAUUGACUGUUAGAGGAGGCAAUACUUCCAAUGUGAUAUCACAUUUAUGGUAUGGUUUGAUUUGGUAGCAUUUAUUGUCUGUCAGUCCUCAAUAUAUAUGAAACAUACAGAGGUCACUGCCACAAAAAAAACAAGACAAAAAAGACAAACAACCCAUAAACAUGAAUAUAUUAAAAAAAAACUUCCAUACUCUCUGGUAUAUGAAGCGCUUAUACCUGAAAGAGGAGGUCUGGAGUCCAGCUUCACCAGUUACAAAAGAAUGACUCAAUUUCCAGUCCCAUCUUGCUCCGCAUCACUCCUUAACUCUUUCGGGCCACUUUCUCGACAAUUCUCGCUCAGGAUAGCUCAACUCUCCUACUCGUUCAGUCGUAAACCAUCAUCGUAGGCAAUCUAUCAACUCCAGCAGAUCCGCGGAUGUCGCAAGAGUGAUGCCUUUGUCUUGUGAGAGUGUGCCCAUCACUUUACGACAAAUUUAAGGUAACGUUAAUAUAUUAACAUAACACUGUCUUGAAAUGAACGUUUGCAACUAGCUAAGAGAGUUACCGUGUGUACAAUUGAUAAAAUGAAUAAAAUACUAUAAACUUGCUAAUGAGGCAGAUUGCCUAAUGUCAGUUUAUUUUAUGUUCUGACUUUACUGAAACGGAGAAGAGCAGAGAAGUAGCUACUCAUUUUCUGAAAGAUAAAUAUUUUUUUACUGUUGUACUAUAUUUAGAUUUUACAUAUGUAUAUAUUUUUUUAUGAUUUUACAUAUGUAGAAAAUAUUAUUAUUAAAUUUGUUAUUUACUAAAACAUUUCAAUAUAAUUGUCAUGAACUGCCCUGCAGUACCGUUGUUGCAGGCUGGAUGGGGCGUUGCGCCCUCUCGCCCUCUCUCUCUCCCCUCCCCUCUCUCUUUCAGCACCUUCCUCAAGCCGCGCACCUUUCACCAAUCAGCCCUCAUCACCACCUGCAUAUAAGCCUGCCUGUUCCCAGAAAUCCUCGCCAAAGUAUUGCAGCUUCUUCAAAUGGUACCACAGCCCACCUGCCUCACAUUGAUAUCCCAGAGAAGUGCACGUUGGAUUCCAUACAUUUGUGACUGGAUGUGAGAGUACCUUGACCCUUUAAAACUGAAGAUGAUGUUACUAUGGAAACUACUGGUGGUGCAGUCACUCAUAGGGUGCCUUGCAGUGAGCGCUGUCCUGCAGAGUCCAGUCUUCACCAAACAACCUGGUAGCAUCGUGUACCCAGUGGAAUCUCUGGAGAAGAACAGAGAGGUCGUAUUCAGUUGUGAAGCUCAGGCAAGCCCACCACCAGUCUAUCGAUGGAAACGUAAUGGGACAGAAAUCAGUCCCAAAUCUGGAUCUCACUACAGUUUGUCUGGAGGCAACCUCAGAAUCAGUCAUCUGAACAAAGACCAAGAUGCUGGAACAUAUCAGUGCCUCGCCUCCAAUGCUUUUGGGACCAUUGUCAGCCGAGAGGCCAGUCUGACUUUUGCAUACCUGGAAAACUUCAAAACCCAUAGAAGAAGUUCUGUUUCAGUCCGAGAAGGUCAAGGAGUGGUUCUGCUGUGCGGCCCACCACCACAUUCUGGAGAUCUGGAAUUCUCCUGGAUUUUCAAUGAGUACCCAACCUUUGUGAAGCAGGAUACUCGUCGCUUCAUCUCGCAGGAGACAGGGAAUCUGUACAUCGCUAAAGUAGAGCCCUCCGAUGUGGGCAACUACACCUGUGUCAUUACCCACCCUGUCACAAAGACUCGAGUCCAGGGCCCACUUACCCCACUCGUGCUCCGUAACGAUGGUGUGAUGGGUGAAUAUGAGCCAAAGAUUGAAGUUCAGUUUCCUGAGGUUGUUCAUGUUGCCAAAGGAUCCACAGUGAAGCUGGAAUGCUUUGCACUGGGAAACCCAGUUCCUUCAAUAAACUGGAGAAAAGUGGAUGGCGUACCUUUUCCCAGGAAAGUGGACAUAAGGAAAGCAAGUGCUGUUCUGGAAAUCCCAUACUUCCAACAGGAGGAUGCUGGCACAUAUGAGUGUGUAGCGGAGAAUUCCAGGGGAAUGAACACGGUGAAGGGAAAGCUUUCUUUUUAUGCACUGCCUCAUCUAAUUGAGAAACCUCAAGAUGUCCAGAAGCUCAUUGAUGACUCCUUGGUGUGGGAAUGUAAAGCCACAGGGAAGCCAAAACCCUUCUACAGGUGGAUGAAAAAUGGAGAGAACAUGAAGCCUGCAGAGGAGCGCAUACAGGUGAGCAAUGGGGCUUUGGUAAUCAGUCGCUUGACCCCGUUGGACACAGGAAUGUACCAGUGUGUUGCUGGGAAUAAGUAUGGUGAGGUCUACUCCAAUGCAGAACUCCGAGUUAUAGCUGUUGCUCCAGAUUUCUCUCAUAACCAGUUGAGGAGCCAGACGUUGGUCAAGGUUGGAGGAGAUAUGCUCAUUGAGUGCAAACCCAAGAUGUCUCCGUGGGGUGUGAUCUCUUGGAGGAAGGGCAGUGAACCACUGAAAGAAAGCAAAAGGGUUUCCAUGUUGGAUAAUGGUAAUCUUCGCAUAUGGAACGUAACCAAAUCAGAUGCUGGACCGUACACGUGCAUGGCAAGGAACCAGUUUGGUGUGGCCAGUAGCACAGGAAGUGUCACCGUCAAAGAGCCCACUAUCAUCACCACUCUGUCUGCAACCCUGGAUGUUACUGUGGGGGAGAGUGUGGUCCUACCUUGUCAAGUGAGCCACGAUCCCUCAUUGGAGCUCAUGUUCACCUGGUUCUUCAAUGAGCAGCUCAUCCACUUUGGCAGCCAUGGAGGAUAUUUUGAGAAAGUCGGCGGUCAGCAUUCAGCAGGAGACAUUAUGAUUCGAAACAUCCAGCUUAGGCAUGCUGGGAAGUACACAUGUGCCGUGCAGACGAAGGUGGACAGUAUCUCUGUUGCUGUUGACUUGGUUGUCAGAGGUCCCCCAGGCUCCCCUACCAGGAUCCAAGUAGAAGAAAUCACAGAUACCACAGCGAUUCUAUCCUGGAGGCCUGGUGCUGAUAAUCACAGUCCAAUUACUGCAUAUACCAUCCAGGCCAGGACACCGUUUUCCCUCGGGUGGCAGGCUGUCUCCACAGUUCCUGAAAUGGUAGGGGGCCACCGUCUGACAGCUACUGUAAUAGACCUGAGCCCUUGGGUGGACUAUGAGUUUCGAGUCCUGGCGAGCAACACUAUUGGGACUGGAGAGCCCAGCAAGCCAUCCAAACAGGCCAAGACAAAGGGGACCUCUCCGAAGGUCACACCAGCUAGCGUGAGUGGUGGCGGUGGGAGUCGUUCAGAAUUAGUAAUCACAUGGGAGCCUGUUCCAGAAGAGCUACAAAAUGGACCGGGUUUCGGUUAUGUUGUGGCUUUUCGACCCCAUGGUGCCACAGGUUGGAUGCAGGCUGCUGUACCCUCCGCAGAGACAUCCAAAUAUGUCUUCAAAAACGAAAGCAUCCAGCCCUUUUCACCUUUUCAUGUGAAGGUCGGGGUGUACAACAAUGAGGGAGAAGGUCCAUUUGGACAAGUCACCACUAUCAACUCUGCAGAGGAAGAACCUGCCCGAGCGCCCUCGAGGGUCCGUGCCAAGAGCCUCUCAGCGUCCCAGAUUGAAGUUUCAUGGAAAGCUCUUCCUUGGAAUGCCAGGAAGAAAAGAGUGCUGGGCUAUGAGCUGAGGUACUGGAGUCGAAAGGAAAAGGAAGACACAGCCAAUGUGCAAACAACUGUGGGAAAUCACACAUCAACUAUUAUUCACGGUGUCAAAGGCAGUACCACAUAUUACAUCUCGGUGAGGGCGUAUAAUACUGCAGGAGCUGGACCUCCCAGCACCACCGUCAACAUUACCACCAAAAAACCACCACCGAGCCAACCUCCUGGAAAAGUGAUGUGGAAUACAUCCAACUCCAAAAUCAUAUUAAACUGGGAGCAGGUUAAAGCCCUGGAGAAUGAAUCAGAGGUCACAGGCUAUAAAGUGCUGUACAAAAAGAACCAACACAGCCAUCCCAAUGUCAUGGAGACAAACACAACCUCAGUGGAGCUCUCCCUGCCCACUGAUGAGGAUUAUAUCAUCCAAAUUAAACCAUUUGGCGAGGGAGGGGAAGGCAGCAGUAGUCGACAGAUCACCAUCCCAAGGAUACCAGGUCCCGAUGCAGUCGGCUCAGCAUCCAAGGUCUCCACUCUAUCGGCCCUCAGUACAAUAGCACUGUCUUUGACAGCGCGGACAUCUUUAUGACGAACAGCUCCCGGCACACCUUGCAUCUGAAGUGGAGACAGUCUACAUAAGAAAAAAGACAUAGACCUCUCUAGUGUAACUAGACCCAUUCAUUUUGAUUUAGAGGCUAAAGGGAUACACUGAUGAAAAUAAAAAUGGAAAACAUGCCACUGGGACAUUUGGGAAAGUCUUUUGGCACAUUGGCUACAAGAGGAAGAUGUACAGAUGUCAUGACUAUGUUGUUACCAAAGCAGCUUUCAUAAGAAAAGGUGAAACAAAAUGUUGUGAAUGCAUCUUUUUUGUGUGACAUUCCAAGCUUUACAUUUUUUUCUGCAGUCUUAAGUAUAUUGGGGUAACAAUUAAGAGUAUGCCAGAUCAAGAUUUCCCACAAGGUGUUUUUUAAUUACAUUUGACAGCGAACCAGACCACUUGAUUUUGAACUCAAUGCAUAUAUUUCUCACCCUUCAAAGCUUAUUUUACAGUUUUUUUUUUUCCUGUUAUAUGAGAUGACUUGCAUCGCAUUUUCAUCUCUCUCUGUCCAUAAACAAGACAUGCUAAUGAUUUACCAAACCAGUAAAGUGUGGAACCUCACAACAAGGUGUCAAAUAUGAAUAAAAUAAUUGUCACUUUGAUAAGAAGUAAUUCACAAUAUCAACAUUACAGUAUAUACAUUGAAUGUGUCCACACUGGGACUUUCAUAAUUCAUCAAAUCCAGUUACAUACAAGAUGACAAUUGCUUUAAUUUUAGAUGCACAUCACAACACCUUUGGAAUGCACUUAGCAGUUUUUGGACAUAUAUAUAAGGUCCAUCUGAAAAAAAAAACAAUCCAAUGAACAAACUGCUGAGUAAAGGGUGAGCAUGCAAAGAGUUUAGUGCCAGUCCUCUUUGGUAAUUGAACACCUCUUCAAGUCUCAUGACAUCCUUAAAACCAUCUUUGUGACAGCUGCCACCACCAGCAGUGUGCUGUCUCUUCUGGGGUCCUCUCCUGUAAUGGCGCUCGGAUCCAUGCUCUCCUUUCUUUGGAUUCGCCCUGUGUGAAUAGCUAUUCUUUGCCUUCUGUGUGCCUCAUCAUAUCUUCAAAAUCCUCAGGUCCUUCAAAGAGCCUUAACUUAUCAUAAUGUAUCUUGAGGACAGUAGAAUCGUAGAACUAUGAUGCAGCCGCAGUGAUGUUUACAUGCUGCUAUAUGCCGGAUGUUGUCAGCUUUGGGAGGGGUCGUGGGGGCGUGGUGGGUGGGGGACAAGCGCUGAGUUCUGUAUUCUGGCAAUAUGAGGCCUCGUGCAUUUUUAUAGUUGUGUGUUCUAAAGACAAUGCUAAAUGACAAUGCUGCUGAUGUUUCCUUUUCCCCGCCCAUAGUUUCCUGAUGCCAUGUUUGAGGGCAGUGCAGACGUGCUAUACAGCCUGUAUGUAGCUCUUAGGGAAGUGUGGAAACUGUAGGCUACUGGGUCUUGUGCAGAAUCAUGCAUCAGUGAAUAUGUAAUAUACUGUUUUGUACACUUCAAAUCAUUUAUACGAAAAAAAAAAAUCUUUCUAAAAAAGAUGCCGUACUUGGUUUUUAUGUCGAACUCUGUUUCAUACUAUUGCUAACUGGCGCUCAGCAUGACUGUGCAUACUUAAUUAAUCCUUUCGCGCCUGACAAAGUGACUUAACAGCUUCAGGACCAUGCAGCAUUCAUAUGGUUCCUGCACGGUAGAGGUUUGUGUAUAUUGUACGUGUACCAUGACAUCUAAACAAUCGUUGGCUCCAAGUCCAUGCUUCUGUCGAAAUCAGCCUCUCAGACAUGUCCUGUCUGCUCAACACGAGGGCUUUCUCUCUUACUUUGCUGUUAAUAUUGUGUUAAUAAAGAAUCUUGAUUUAUA